AUGCAUCUAAUAUUUUUAUUUUUUUGCUCAUCUCUAGUAUUUGCCAAUCCACCGCCUCAGGCUCCCCGUCCAGGAGUUGACUUUCUCGGUCCACUAUGGUUACCACGCACUUAUAAGAUAACCUGUUGUCGUGGUGGAUCACCAACAGCCGAAAAUGCUAAUUUAAUUACUAAUUGGACAGAAACUGUCUUAGACUAUGCGUUUGAUGAAAAAACCGAGACAGGCGAGAACCAACAUUGUCGAGUCUACGAGGGAACUUUUUUGUUAUCGGCAACAGCUUUAUUCAAUUAUAGUUUUCUUGGUUAUGGCGUUCAAUGUAAAUGUCCGAAUAGUCAAAUACCUUUGGAUAGACAUUGUCGACAACUGCCUCCCUGUUUGAAUAAUGGCUAUCGCUCACAGAGUGUUGGUGGAUUAUGUGCAUGCACAGAGCCAUACUUUGGAGAAUUCUGUGAGAAGAUGUGUGAUCAAGGACAAACUCUCAAAGGUGUUGAUGGUCGAAGCUAUUGCAGUUGUUUGCCAUUCUAUCAAGGAGAACGGUGUACGGAGAUGGUUUGUCUCAAUGGAGGAGUGAACAUAAAUGGAAGAUGUUCUUGUCCACCAACCUAUCUUGGCUAUCAUUGUGAAGUUGAUUCCAAUCGCACUGUGAACAAUGCUCGAUAUAACCGUUACGGAGAAACUUCUGAAGUGUUCAGUCGUGAUGUGUCCGGCACCGUUUUCAGCUUAGUUAUGAUUGUUGUACUUGUUGUUUCUAUGUACUUACUGAUGAAACACCGAAUGCAGGUGCAGUCAAGGUUCUCUUCAAGUCGUCGAGAAGAGUUCUUGAGAGCGGCUGCCAUGUGUGGAGGAGUACCCACACAAGGUAGAGCAGGCUUGAAUGGUCGAUUUGGACCUUUCAUAGCCAAUGGCAUAGAAGGCCCACCACCCUACAUAGCUCCUGGAUCAGGCUCGCGUUCAAAUGAAGUGCUUCCUCCAUUGCCCACAUAUGAAGAUGCUACCAAGGAUCUUCCAUUGAGGCCGUGGAUGCAACCAACAAAUCAAAAUGUUGAAGAAGUAUCUUCAGCUGAUGAGCCAUCAAGCUCAUCAUCUCAAUCAGCUGAGGAAGUGACAACAUCAUCAGAAGAGUCGACGAAUACUUCUGAUGAGACACCGGUAACAGAAGAAGGGCCAGCAGAUACUCGGCUUGAUCGCAAAGUAAGUUCUCGCCGUAGCGUCUGA